CACAGGGGGGUGGGAGUGGGACCACGUGGGUUCCGCAUGUGAAUGUUGUGUGUGCAUUGUGUGGGUGACAGCGAGGAGCAGCCCACCCACCCCCCGAGGCCCGGACAUCGCGACCGCCUCAAUGUGGCAACUCCUGCGGGCCCAGCUGUGGGCCCAGCUGUGGGCCCUGCUGUGGGCCCUGCUGUGGGCCCUGCUGUGGGCCCUGUGGGCCCUGCUGGGGGCCCUCGCGGCGCUGGCGGCCGCCUCUCGCUGGUCCAGCGGCGCCCUCCAGCACCACUGCAAGAUGGCGCUCUACACCACGUGCAUGGGCCUCGUGGCGUUUUGCAUGCUGCCCGCGUGCCUCUGCCGCGGCAAGAACGUCCUCAACCUCAGGAUAGCGUCACGGCUGGGGCGUCACACCAAGCGCCUGAUCGGCAUCACGUACACGUCGCUGGGCGGGGAGCGGAUGAGCGGCUCGGGACCCUGCGUCAUCGUCUCCAACCACCAGAGCUCGCUCGACUUCCUCGGAAUGAUGGAGUUCCUGCCGGAGCGUGGCGUGCUGGUGGCCAAGCGCGAGAUCAUGCUGUACACGGGACCCUUCGGCCUCGCCUCCUACCUUUGCGGGACGCUCUUCAUCGACCGCAGGAACCCCGACAGGGCCAAGGAGGCCGUCGCCAAGUUCGCACGCUCCCUGCGGCCUCAAGACCUCCGCCUCUGGAUGUUCCCGGAGGGUACCCGUAACCACGGCAACGACCUCCUGCCCUUCAAGCGCGGCGCCUUCCACCUCGCGGUGCAGGGACAGGUUCCCAUCGUGCCGGCCGUGUUCUCUAACUACAGCAGCUUCUACAGCAAGGAGAAGAAGAUCUUCAAACCGGGCACCAUCACGCUCACCGUGCUGCCCCCCAUCCCGACGGCGGGGCUGGGCGCCAGUGACGUAGGGCCGCUGGCCGACCGCGUGCGUGACGUCAUGAUGGACGUGCUGCGCGCAGAAGCGGACAAGAGCAAGGAGGACUAGCGGGGGUCACAGACGGGCGCUGGGUCACAGAAGGGCGCUGGGUCACAGACGGGCGCCGGGUCACAGAAGGGCACCAGCUAAUGUGUGGGUGUCACCAGCUAAUGGGUGGGUGCCGGGUCACAGACGGGCACCGGCUAAUGGGUGGGUACCGGGUCACAGACAGGCACCAGCUAAUGGGUGGGUACCGGGUCACAGACAGGCACCAGCUAAUGGGUGGGUACCGGGUCACAGACAGGCACCAGCUAAUGGGUGGGUGUCGCUAGCUAAUGGGUGGGUGCCGGGUCACAGACGGACACCAGCUAAUGUGUGGGUGUCGCCAG